AUGGAAACCAAUAUUACCAAUGUCGGAAUCGACAAUUUUCUCAACGAUUAUCUCCCGAAUGACUGGUCGCACGCCUCUGAGAGCGUGCUUGCAGACCUGAAGCGGCGCAAGGUCCUUAUUUCGCGCGGACCCUCAGCUCGGCGAAAGCCAUCCUCUUCGACUCAAAGGCCACCGUAUACACACGCCCUUAAGACGUUCAAAAGCGUCUUCAGUUCCAAAACCGUCAAUCCCAAUCGUCUAAUGAAAUCAUUCCAGUCCGUCUGGAAUGCCGUUCGACGAUCGUUGAGCAAGAUUGAGGACACUAGCAUCGACGAGGCGUGUAUUCGACCAAUUCGAGACUACGGCCCAGUGUUAGAGGCGUGCGUAGCACCUAGCGCGGACGAGAAGCUGCGCCUCUCAGAUGUCGUGGUCCCGUUGAUGGUUGCACGAGCUCGGAACGACAGGGAUGAGUGCGAUGAGGAACCUGAUGUGAUCUCCCGCUCCACUGACAUACUGGACGACGACGCGCGACGAACGUUCGUCUACGGGGUCACCCUCGACGAAGAGAAGAUCUCCGUAUAUUAUGUAUCCCGCAUGCUUACCGCUCGAUCUGAGCCUUUUAGUAUGAUCGAGCACCCAGACCUCGUCGUCAGGAUUGCGAUUGGCCUUCUCUGCGCAGUGGCCCAGAAGAGUGGUCACGACCCACUUGUAACCUUGCUCCCUGACGGCACCUACGUCUAUGAGUUGCCUCCCGACACCACAAGAAAUACCGCUCUUUUCUACCAAACCAUUCGGCUAUUAUCCCACCCCCUCUCUGUAGCCAAAUCGCGAGUCUGGCGGGUCCGGCAAGUCGUCUCCAACCUCAACCCUACAGAAGUACCCGGUGCUGUGGACCGGGUGUUGAAGGCCGUGUUUCUUGAUGAAGACGUCCAAACGGAGGUGGAAAUUCAAGGGGCACUCUUCAGCGAUAUUGCAGCGUUCGGCAGUGAUAAGGAUUGGCGGACCCGUGAGAUUGUGAAGGACUUCGAGCAGGCUGAUCUGGAAUCCCUUGGGGAGGCUUUGCAAGGCGACAAUUUCAAGUCGUACUUCUCCUGCAUUGUCGCCAGUCACAAGGGAAAUCCUUCGAGUAUGCCACUCGGAUCGUCGCGCAAGUCUCGAUGCCUUUUCGUCUACGAUAGCCUCUGCUCUCCUCUAGACGACAUAGCUACCCUUGGCGAAGCGAUGGCUGUCUUAAGGCAAUGCGUCAUCGCCCUCCGACUCAUGUUUUGUGCGGGUUGGGUUCAUCGUGAUCUCAGCCCAGGCAACAUCCUUGCCUAUCGACCCACGCAAGACGCGCCGCUCCAAGCCAAACUAUCUGAUCUCGAACAUGCAACAAGAUUCCCCAAUAUCGGCGCGGUGCAAAGCAAAGCGAUAGUCGGUACUCCGCAUUUCAUGGCAUGUGAAAUCCAAACAUCUCGACAUUUUCUUCCGAUCGUGGGCGGAAGGAGGGUACGGGGUUACGUUCGACCAGCCCCCAAAGAGACGCCGCCAAUGAUCCACAAUUACCAGCACGACUUGGAGUCCCUUUGGUGGAUUACCCUCUGGCUCAUUUCCACGAGGGUUGAUGAGCCACUCCCGCGGGUAUUCGGUCGCUCUUUCUUCCAGCAACGAGUUGACCACCUCUAUGGAUCAGCCCGGGGCUCACUUCUGUCCCAAUCGCUUCUUUCCAACAGUGAUUUGCGCCGUUCCCUUCCGUCGUCCCUCGACUCUUUCUUGACCAACCUCGACAACCUGCGAAAUGAUCUUUUCGUGGACUAUAUGACGCGGAACGAGGCUGGGAAGCAGAGUGACGUUGGUACAUACUCGUGGGUGCUCAGCGAGCCCGUCUCCGCGUUUUUCGAUGGGAUCUCAGAGUCUCAGGAGAGGUGGGCCGCCAUUCGUCUUGUGGUCGAGUCUGAGAUGCAACGGGAGGAUCGACCAGUGUUCAUGGUGGACAAUGAGUCUCCUGGCCCAAGUAAAAUGGGCGACAUUGUUCAACAACCUGGAAAGCGCAAGCGCAGCGCCGCUGAAGCCACCGAUCAUCCAUCUAAGAGGAUAUGUGCUAGUCGCAUGGAACUCCCGGUGGCCGGGGAGAGGUGUGGCCCAAUAACGAGGUCUAUGACCAGGGCAGCCGGUGCCAGGACUAGAGCUGCAACUCGACGUCUUCGAUAG